UGCUUGCCUUCUCCUCAUCUCUUGCUCUUACUCACACAAUAAUGUCAUCAAUGAGUACUGGAAGCUCUGUGUGGCAGUGGUCAGCUGGUAAAGAUCAAUUCAAUUUCCAUCAUCAUCAUCAAGUGAUGGCCUCUGGCUCUGGCUCUGGCUCUGCAGCUGAUGAUCAGUACCAAACAUGGAGGGCAGUGGCAUCAAGGCUUGCACUUGACAAUCAAUUCAGAAAUAUGACAGAAAGACAUGAGUAUUACUCAAAUGCAAGUAUUGAUCAAGAAGAUGAGGAGGAGGACUUGAAUAAUAAUAAUAAUUAUUGUUAUUAUAGGAAGAUUAAUUUCAACAAUAAUCUUAAUAUGCCUUUGCAAUUGAGAUCGUUAGAGGAGUUUAAAGGUGGUCAGCAGCAGCAGCAGGGUAACACUAGUCAUGAUAAGUGGCAUAAGAGUUUGCCUCAGGCUGAAAUGCUGCCUAGGAAUGAGGUCUUGGGUGGUUACAUUUUCGUGUGUAACAAUGAGACUAUGCAAGAGGAUCUCCAUCGCCAACUCUUUGGGCUCCCACAGAAAUAUAAGGACUCUGUUAGGGCAAUAACCCCAGGCUUACCCCUUUUUCUUUAUAACUACACAGCCCACCAGCUGCAUGGGGUAUUUCAGGCUGUAAGUUUUGGAGGGUCAAACAUUGACCCAACAGCGUGGGAAGACAAGAAGUGCAGAGGAGAAUCAAGAUUUCCAGCUCAGGUUAGAAUUCGAGUGAAGGAAAGGUGCAAACCAUUAGAAGAGGAUGCUUUCAGGCCAAUACUU